AUGGCGACAGCGGCUACAUUGUAUAACACGCUCCCGACUCUUGAGGACGCGGAAAAGCGCUUCGUCGAACGUGAGAAACUGUUUGCAGCCGUGGGGCAACUCCUUGCUGAAUAUGGAAAUGUCUUUGGCCUCUGCCUUGUCCACGCACACUGCAUUCUGACCGACGAUGAGAUAAUGCUUGCUAGGGGAAAUGUGUCACAGCCGGAAAAGGCAACGUCACUGGUGGAAUACUACCCUGAGCGCUGGCUUUGUUCUGGGGAAGCGUACGAGUUCACCACCCGACCCACCACCCCGCCGCCGGCUGCUCUUCUUGCCGCAUUCAACCAGCUUACGUCUCAUAUUGGGGUUCUGGGCCUAUACCACAUUGAUAACGAAGACAAAGGCAGGAUGGUCGAGCACACAGAUGGGCGCAAGAACAUUCUGACGCCGCUUUCAGAGGCCUCAGCGCAACUAGCCAACCACACCGAGACGGCCUGGAAUCUGGGCAAAGGCGAUCCUGUCACCAUGUCAUGCAUGAUCUGCAGCACACAAAGGUAUGGAUGA